AUGUUGCUCCAGCUUGCCUUGCUUUACCUGGUGAGUGCUUCCAAGACCAGCCCCCAGUCCCUGAGCCUCCUCGCAACCAGGCACAUCCUAAACAGGAGCUUGGAACAUCUCGGGAUCUGGGAAAGGGGUGAGACGACCUGCCCAAAAGAGAAUGGAGUGGACUGCUGCCGCGACCUGAUUGGAGACACCUGCCCCUGCCCGGCGAGCACAUCCCAGGAGCUCAACUGCGUCGUUGGCUAUGAUGAAAUCUCCUGGGCGCCUGUUUACUCCUGUGAGUGCAGAAGUGUGCAGUCAGAGGCAGCGUGCCUGACACCAGGUGCCGCUUACUACGCUUAUUUCUGCCCCACGAAGGCCGAUGCAACUUGGUCUACAACAACCUCGACCACGACGACUCCCUUCAGCUGCACUUUGGGCCUGGAUGAAGAGUGCAGCUGCUCCACCGGCAGUCAGUGCUACAUGAUCUUCGAGUAUGGUGAUAAGUACUGCCCGUCAUACGGUUGCAGAUACUGCGGCUGCGGCUCCGGGCACAAUGCGGAGACCUGCGCAGCUUCCGGCGGGACUUGGUGCAACGCCACCACCACCUCCACCACCACCACUACCACCACUACCACCACCACCACCCCCACCACCACGACUACGACCACCAGCCCUCUACGCGGAGAUGGCCGGAUCUUUACUCGCUUUGGCUCCGCCUGCCGUGGCGUCAACUACCAAGACAACAAUCCGAAGUAUUUUGAGGUACUGCAGGGCGUGGAGUCAGUCGAGGAGUGCCGCGCGAGCUGUUUGCAAAGACUCCCUCGAUGCAACGGAAUCGAGUACAGCCCAGGGCGAUGUGAAAUUUGGAUUCGUCCUGAAGGCAUUUGCAGCCAAGCCUAUGCUAAAAACACAAGAUGUGAGCGUUUCGGGUGGCCAGUCGCACAGAUGAAAGACCUUGGCGACAACCAGCAGUGCCGGGGAGACGACGAAGAUGAUUUCAGCGAUGACUAUGUCACACACCAUCACACGUGGGGGCCGGAGGAUUGCCGAGGUCGGUGUGCGGCAGCUGAGGUGUGUUUUGGCAUUCAGUUCGAAAGUUUCAGCGGAAUGAACCGCUGCGACAUUUGGAAGCGCCCAGUACGGGCGACAAAGCCGAUGUCCGGGUGGAAGUGCUUCAGCUUCGGAGAAGCGGCUGCCUGGGAGACAGUAACCACCGCUUCAGGACUGCCACCAGCUCUGCUUGGCAAGACUAUGCCCGGCUUUGCGUGCCAGCGCUACGGCUGGCCAGCGCACGCGCUGCAGCUGCAGGACGGCGCCUGCAGAGGUGACCAUCAGACCGACAGCUCGCCGAGCUACUACGAGGUCCACGAAGCCACGAGGGGGAUCGAGGACUGCCGCGCACGGUGCGCUGCGGCCCUCGUGUGCUUCGGGGUGGAAUUCGCCCCUGCGGGCGGCCGCUGUGAGGUUUGGCGCCGGCCCAUCCGCGCCACAGCCGCGGUCCCCGGCCAUGAAUGCUGGACCUGGCCCUGA